UUUAAAGUUAUGGACAGAGGUGCUUGGUGGACAGUUUGAUUAUUUUACUUUAUUAUCACAUAAUCGAUGCUAUGUUUGACUAUAUUAAUGAUUUUAUUGGAGAUAACAUUGAUUGAAACAUCAAAUGUGGGUAGUACGAUAUUUUAUAAUAGGCGAGGUAAAUCGGAAUGCUGGACCGAAGAUGAAUUAGCAAAGCUACGUGCUCGUAAGCUAUUCCAAGAAAUAAUACCUCCCCAGGUUACGCCAGAUAAAGUGGACGCAAAAUUUAUAAAGGAGGCUAUUCGAUUUUACAGAGGAGCUUUGCGUUUUGCAGUACAGUCAGAUUCUGACGAACGAAACAACGCUAUACUGAAAGAAGCCUUGCUCGAUUCUAUUGGAGGACAUCUACGCAAUGAGAUGCUUCCUACUAUUCGGUUUGCUUAUUAUGCUGGAUACGUUCCGCAUAAGCCUGUUAGACAAAUUCAUGAUCUUUUCGAAAUGUAUAAAACAUUUCUUAACACGAAGGGCUUGGGAUGGAAAGAGCCGGAAAAGAUCCCGCAGUGGGCAAACUUGACCGUUGUAAAAGUUCUCAUUGGUUCUGGGAAAUUAAACGAACCUUGUACAUAUUUGGUGACAAAACGUGACACAAAUUCUUGCAUUCAUUUACCAACUCCAAAACUCGACGAUAAACAAGAACCAUCAGCGAUCGCUCUUCCUUUUAGAGUUAACGGCUUAGUCAGCUUGACUGCGCCUCAUUCUGAGAACGUCCUCUUGAAAUAUUAUACUACAGCAGCUCGUUGCAUACUACAAAGUUCUCCUGAAAAUUGUCGACAUUCCGACUUUGUUAAUUUUAAUAACGAAUUAUGGCACUGGAUGAAGAGAGAUGUUGCCACUCACCUCUUAGAUGAGAAACUCUAUGCAGCGUACGGUGGAGUGUUGAGAAUAGCUGCAGCUGUUCAGAGUUACGGCAAAGGUCUGUCGCGACGAAACCUCUUUGAAUAUCAAAGUUCAGGAGUAUCGAAAUGGCACCCGUGGAGAGCUUUAUCACAAUCUUAUGUCACUGUCGAUGCUGACUGGACACCUACCCUCUAUGUGGGUAUGGUACUCAUAGCGGCUCUACUGAUAUGUACCCUACAAAUUUGUUACAACUACAUGUUUGGCAGCGAAAAAUUGUGUCAUUGUACAGGUCGUAAUAAGAAAAUUUGGCCGGAGGAAGUCGCCUACGCUACAGUUGAUACCACUAUUCCUUCCAUGCUGCCGACCCAUCACACCAACAACACGACAUUUAAUCGAGAUAAACAGCCAGCAAAUAAGUCCAAGUCUUCGCGUGGUUCGGUCUUGACACAAUGUGUUUACGACUUCAAUGAGAAUACAGAAAAAUUCAUGGAUAUCAUAAUGAGCGAUGAUGAAGAGUCUGAUACUGACUCGCCACCUCUUUCUAAACAGGAAGAGAGCGACGAGGCUUACAGCGGAAGCGGAGAAUGCAAACCGAAGCACGAGGACCUGCCGGAGCUGCAGACGUCGGUCUCUCAGUUGAGAAUAGAAAAGAAACCACGUGAUGGAUGUUCUUCACCUAUGUACACGAGUACAGCAACUAUCUCGGGAGCGACUUGCCUAGAGAAUCGAGUGAGUGAGUCGAUGUGGUCCGGAAGCGCAAGUACGUCGUCGGAUCGCUCUUCGAGUUCGGAAGGUUCCAAGACAGGAAGGAGCAGGAAAUCGCGCAGUUCCAGAGACAUGGCGUGGGCGCGCCGAGUCAUCAGCAAGCACGUCAUCCGAAGCACCACACACUCCACCACAGGCACAGAGUUCGACGUAAACUCAUUUACUACACCACGCGCGCCCACGCGCAGGUAACUUUUAUGAGAUUUUAUUAGUUAUGAUUAACACUUUACAUUAGGAUUUCGUCAAUUUUUAUUGUGUAAGACAUGUUGAUUGUUUAAGAUCUAUGUAAGCUUUUUAAGUAUCUAAUAAAGUAUAUAUAUAUUGAUUUGAAAAAAAUAUUUUCAUUAACUUAAUACGACUGUUUAUACUGUUUCUGUCAGGACUGUGUAAAGUGGAAAUCAGUUCUCUGUUUCCUCUUGGAAAUGUAAAAUACUC